UCCGUUGGUUUCGGCAGGUGUGUAAGUGUCGUACAAUUCUCAAAAUGGCGGGCAAUCCUCGACAGGCUCUAUUCCUGAAGAUUUCUCGAAAUCUAGUAGAUGAAGAACUUACCGAUCUCCGUAACUAUGUCAGCGGUGCAGAGAUCUUAUCAGCGAGAUUCGUCCAGAAAGCGGACCCUCAUCAAAUCUUUACCCAACUUGAAAAAGAAGGGAAGCUGAAACCAGGAGAUCUCUCACUUCUGGCAGACCUCUUGAGAAAAAUUGGAAGGAAUGACUACGCUGAGCAGGCGGAGAAGGUUGCUGAGGAUGAAUGGAAAAAAGGAAAAAAGACCAGGAAAAGGCCGACAGCCAGCGGCAGUUCAUCUACCGAGGAGGCACCUGCCAAGCGACGGAAACAAUAUCCUGGCACAAAGCAAGAAGCAGGGCCGUCCGGACGGAAGCCGAAAGUUGACGUGUCGAAGUAUUUCGGCAAAGUCAUCCGCGAGGCCAGCGCCGAUUGGGACGAAUUGGCACGAGAGCUGAACUUCGACGAAAACGAGAUAAAAGAAAUAGAAGAUGAGAGACGUGGCAACCGUAGGAGAUGUAGGGAGAUGCUGGAACGGUGGAGAAACAGAAAGAGCAAAGCUGCCACUCUUAAAGUUCUGAAGAAGGCGCUCAAGCAAAUCGAUCACAAACUCACUGCCGACCGUUUGGAAGAUUCCUCAGCCUCAUCGGAGUCUUCAGAAGACUGCAACUAAAGCAGAGAACGGCCAGCAAGACACGAGAUUCUACAGACGUUUCUGUACACACAAUUUCUAUUGAAGUGAUUUCUUGGAGAUUGUACGUGUUGUAGUGUGUAUUGUUGGAUAGGGUAGUAUGUGUGGUUUCUGCUCUUACAAAUUUGCUUUUUUUAAUUGAAGAACGUAAUCGGAGGUCAACCAUGUCUGAUGGUUUGAUUUGUGUUGUUUUUUCAUUGUUUAAAGUAACAAUUUAGUCAGGAUCUUCGUUUUCGGGAGGAAGAUAGGAAAGUAACAAUAUGAUUUUUGCCAACUUCUGAGAAAGAAUGAAGGGGUAAAAGAUAAUUUAAUGUAUUCAUAAUGAAGCAAUUUCUUUGUUGUGUAAAAUGAAGCAAGUCUCUGUCUGUAGACCGGUAUCCAUCACUAUUAGUAUUGUACUUACCUGGUCCGAACUUUCCAACCCCCUAUUUCCGAAUAAGGCGACAAAAGAGACCCGGUAGUUACAAUAGAUAACUACGUUUAGACUACCAGACUCCAGAAACAUAGUAGAAAGCGGCUAAAUAGACAGAUAGCACGCCAGAGGAGUCAGCCAAUUUCUACUAAAAUUUAUUUUUCCAGAGACCCGUGGAGCCUGGUAGUGGCAACACUGACUGCACUACUGCUAUCGAAUUCUGUAUCAUAGUUUUGUGUUGAUCUUUUUAUUUUGUGAAGUUUUAUUCGAAUGUAUUUGCCAAAAUCUCGUACACUACAGUGUUUUCCUUCAAACCUUAGAACGAGUAUUUCAUUUUAGCAUCGUUUGGCUUAUACCACAGCGUGGUUGGUAAGAAAAAAACUCAUGAUACUGAAAGAGUAUCGGUUCCAUUGCUUAAGUGUAGGAAUACAUUAUGCUUGCAUUUUAGCAACUAUCAAUUGUGCGUUUUGUAAAUUCUGCAAGGUAGGCAUUUUUUGAUAGCCUGUGGCCAAAUGAAUAAACAUUCGACAAGAA